AUGUUGGCAGCGCACGGACACAGCAGCACAUCUUCUGAGAGACCGCAAACAUCAGAGAGAGUGGAGCGAUGCAUGAGUGUGAUGCAGUCCGGGACUCAAAUGGUGAAGCUGAAAGCAGGAUCCAAAGGGCUGGUGAGACUUUUCUACCUGGAUGAUCAUCGCUCCUGCAUUCGCUGGAAGCCCUCACGCAAGAGUGAGAAGGCCAAGAUCACCAUUGAUUCGCUCUACAAAGUGACAGAGGGCAGUCAAUCAGACAUCUUUCAUCGGCAUGCAGACGGCAGCUUUGACCCGGCCUGCUGUUUCACAGUGUACCAUGGAAUCCACAUGGAGUCCCUUGAUCUGGUGACGUCAAACGCAGAAGAGGCCAGAACCUGGAUAACUGGCCUCCGUUACCUGAUGGCCGGCAUCAGUGAUGAGGACUCGCUGGCUAAACGACAGCGUACACACGACCAGUGGCUGAAGCAGACAUUUGAGGAGGCCGAUAAGAACGGAGACGGUCUCCUGAACAUUGAAGAGAUCUACCAACUUCUUCACAAGCUGAAUGUCAAUCUGCCACGCAGGAAGGUCAAACAGAUGUUUCAGGAAGCAGACACGGACGAUCAGCAGGGCACGCUGACAUAUGAGGAGUUCUCCGUCUUCUACAAGAUGAUGUCUCUGAGACGGGACCUCUUCCUGCUGAUGAUGGCGUACAGUGAUAGGAAGGAUCACCUGACAGAGGAGGAGCUGGCCAACUUCCUGCACAACGAGCAGAAGAUGGCCAAUGUGACUCCAGAGUAUGUUGCAGAAAUCAUUGAAAAGUUUGAGAUGUCUGAUGAGAAUAAACAGAGUGGCGUCUUGGGGAUUGAUGGUUUUACAAGUUUCAUGCGCAGUCCAGCGUGUGAUAUUUUCAACCCUUUGCACCACGAAGUGAAUCAAGACAUGGAGCAGCCUCUGUGUAACUACUUCAUCGCCUCCUCUCAUAACACAUACCUGACUGGAGACCAGCUCCUCUCCCACUCUAAGACCGACAUGUAUGCCUGGGUGCUGCAGUCGGGGUGCCGCUGUGUUGAAGUGGACUGUUGGGAUGGUCCUGAUGGUGAGCCGAUGGUGCAACACGGCUACACUUUGACCUCCAAGAUACCGUUCAAGUCUGUCAUAGGGACCAUCAAUAAAUACGCCUUCAUAAAUAACCAGUACCCAGUGAUUCUGUCCAUAGAGAACCACUGUAGCAUCCAGCAGCAGAAGAAAAUUGCUCAGUACCUGCGAGAAAUCUUUGGAGACAAACUGGAUGUGAGAGAUGCACUGAGCAGAGAUUCAAAAACACUACCCAGUCCUCAGAGCCUGCAGGGCAAGAUACUUAUCAAAGGGAAGAGUCUGCCUGCCUAUCUGUCUGCGGACGCAGAGGAAGGCGAAGUGUCCGAUGAUGACAGCGCUGAUGAAAUCGAGGAUGACUUCAAGCUUAAGAGCAGUAAUGACAAUGGUCAUCACCAGGUGGAAUCUCACAUCAGAAAGAAACUGGACUCUCUACUGAAGGAGUCUCGGAUCGGGGACAAGGAAGAUUCAGACAGUUUCAGCAUCCGAGCUCUGCUCAGGGCUACUCACCAGGGCCUUCAAAAGAACCUGCGGCAGAGCUCCAAAGGGGUUCUGAAGAAAUCCCAAAGCAGAUCCUUCAUCACGACGCUUAAACAGAAGAGGCACUCCAAAUCCAGGCUGUCAUGCCAAAGCAUGGACAAGGAGGAGGACAUUCAGGAGACGUCUGGGAGGGAGGCCGGAGGACAGUUUAUCAGGGGUGGAAGGAAGAGGAAGACGAUGAAACUGAGCAGAGAUCUGUCAAAUCUGGUGGUGUUUACCAACUCUGUUGCCUCACAGGAGUGCCUGAAUGAAGGUACUCCAGGUGAUGUUCUUUCAUUCAGCGAGACCAGAGCCCAAUCUCUGGUCAAUCACAGAGCCGAACAAUUCCUGGCUUUUAACCAGAGGCAGCUGUCACGGAUUUAUCCGUCAGCCUAUCGUAUCGACUCGUCCAAUUUCAACCCCCAGUUCUACUGGAACGUGGGUUGUCAGUUAGUCGCCCUGAACUACCAGACAGAGGGCAGGAUGAUGCAGCUCAACAGAGCCAAGUUCAUGGUGAACGGAGGUAUUGGUUACGUUCUCAAGCCCCCUCCCAUGUGUAAAGGCUCCUUCAACCCAUUCAGUGAUGAUCCGCUUCCAGCUUACCCCAAGAAACAACUCAUUCUCAAGAUCAUUAGUGGACAGCAGUUGCCCAAACCACCAGACUCCAUGCUGGGGGACCGUGGAGAGAUUAUUGAUCCAUUCGUUGAAGUGGAGAUCAUCGGCCUGCCAGUUGAUUGCUGCAAGGAACAGACACGAGUUGUAGAUGACAACGGUUUUAAUCCAGUAUGGGAGGAGACCCUGUCUUUUACACUUCACAUGGCUGAGGUGGUUUUGGUGCGUUUUCUUGUCUGGGACCAUGACCCAAUCGGAAGGGACUUUAUUGGUCAACGGACUGUUGCCUUUACCAGCCUGAUGCCUGGUUACAGACAUGUUUACUUGGAGGGGCUGACUGAGGCUUCAAUCUUUGUGCAUGUGUCAGUGCAUGAUGUCUAUGGAAAGUGGAGCCCUCUAGUCCUGAACCCCAGCUUUACCAUAAUGCACUUUCUAGGAUCGAACAAGGGUCAUCAGCUGCGAGGUAUCCGGGGUUUGUUUAACCGUUCUUCAAAGUCCUCUGUGGAUACCAACUCAGGUGGCCUUCGGAAACGCUCAAUAAGUGAUCACCUCCUGCGGCGCACAGCCAGUGCCCCAGCAAAGGGUCGGAAGAAGACCAAGAUGGCACUGUCAGAGUCAGUGGCUUCAAUAUCAGGCCAAAAGAAUGGCACAGGUGCAGGAGCAAGAGCCGAGGGCAUGUCAGGGAAGGAAGUAGGUGUGGAGAAGCGUUACGAGCCACGAGGCCCCCUCAUCCACAGACCUAUCUCCAUGCCAUUAGACAGGCUUAUGCAAGGGCAGCUAUCCCUCUGCUCCCCAGACAAGGAACAGCAUGAUAUGGACUCAGACACGGUUAUUGGAGCUUGCCCCUUCAACAGACCCAGGUCUUCCUCUUUGGACCCUUUCAUCGAAUCCUCAUUUUGUAUUGAACCAAACAUCUGUUCCCCUUCUAAGACAUACAUCAAUAAAAAUAAGGACUUUGACCAAUCAGAGGAGGCUUCUUAUCUGGUUAUUGGUGGAGGCGAAGUAAGAAAGGAAGAGGAUUAUGCCAAUUACCAGUCAGAAGACAACAGAGUCAAAUCAAAGAUCAGCACCACAGGAGCAGAGAAAAGGUGUUUUGUCUCGCCUUCCAGGGACAGCCAGAUGAGAUCAGAUAAACCAGAAACAUCAUCAAAGAGCACAACAUUCACAGUUGCACCUUCAAUCUCCUCAUCCUCAUCCUCUGCCCCCUACUCUUUGCCCCCUCUUUCCCCUAUCAGUAGGGACUGUGAUCUGAAGAGUCCAAGCUCUUUGCAUGACAGCACCAUCUCCAGACUCAUUGAUGCUGUGUCUUUGGGCAAUGAGCAAGACACAUGUGGCUCAAUUUCUGCUCUGAUUGGUCAGUUUGAAAGCACUGUUGAACAAAAUGAUUCACACACAUUAUCUCAUGAUCAUACCCCUUUCCGUCAUUCAAACUACAGACCUACCGCACUGCAAGAUUUAAGGUCACCUCUGAAGACCAUCACUGCAUCUACUAACAAGAACCACUUAAGUCCCCGAAAAGUAGCUGAAAAAACAAAUCAUGAAAUCCAUUCACCACGCAAGAUUUCCCAGGCAGGAGCACCUGCUCCAGCUACCCUCUCCAGCCCAGAAACUGCUGAGCUUGAGGAAGUCUACACCAUUCUGGAUGAGGAGGUGCUGCUGCCUGUAUCAGUGUACAACCUGAGGAAACAGACGGUCCAUGUUCAGGCAGACACUAGGGAGAGCACACCCUUAAGUAGCUUGGGGUUCUCUCCAGCCAAGGUGGUCCAGGGUUUAGGGAAAGGGCACAUUAUGGGCUGGGAUGAUGUGAACAGAAAUAGGGUUGGUAGUAAAGAAAGUGAGGAGGCAGAGGAGAGUGUGUACGAGGAAGUGUAUGAUCCCCGAACACUAGCAUCAGUACCAGGAACAGCGCAAAGUACUUCUAAAAUGUACACAGGCUCCUCUGCAAACAAUAACUGUUUUCAGUUUCUCCAUGACUCAGCUGGAAAUGCUUUCGCAGAAGUGGAGAUAAAUGUCGAUGAGGAUCCAUUGGAGAUGGUUAUGACAUCUCCGAAACAUUGCAACCAAUGGGAGGGACCCAUAAGUCCAACCAAACGGCAUGCUAUUUACCAAAACCACGAGUCCACUCCCAACCACUCCCAACAAAAACUGCCUUUGUAUUACAGUGAUCCUCAACGGCAGUACCCGUCACAUGCAUUUUCACAGCGUCCCACUCCAAUGAAUCAACCUUCCUAUCAGCGGGCCAAUCCCCACCAACACCAGAACAACUCCCAGGCUUCUUCCUUCCACAGACCCGUCAAUUCUAGACCUUCCAACCCUAGUCCACUGCGUCAGAACAGCUACCCCGUUCCUCAGAGCAAUUAUGAUGCCUUUAACAACAACAGAGACUUCAGGACUUCUUACACAAAACAGACGAGCUAUAGUGGCAGCCAGAUCAUAAACAGGUCCCAUCAAGAUAGGCUAGGGUGUAAUCAGGUGGAGCAAGUAAGGUGCUUCCAUAAUGGUUUCUCCUCUUCUGAAAGCCUCCCUGGCCAAUCUGCUGUGUCUACAAACAUUGGUAGAGACAGAGGCCUAUAUUCCCCUUCUUCAGACUGCGAUGCAGUGUACAGCCACUUGGACUUUGACUGCAUUACACCCUCCUCAGAGUCUCCAACCCCUAGAAACAACCAGCCACACUGUCAAAGUCAAACACAAUCAUACACCCCGACUCAUUCCUGGAUCCAAAAUGUUUCUCACCACUCAAAUGUAGGCCCUAUAUCAACUCAAUCCCAGCCUGGUACCAUAGACUCCCCAGCCCCCAGCCCAUGUAAGUCAAAGUCCCUGGGAGACCUGACCUCUGAAGACAUAUCAUGCAACUUCCAGAGUAAAUACCACAUUAUUAGUCGCAGUUUCAUUACUCCCCAUAUGAGGAAACAAAAGAGGAUGGGCACCAUGGGGGACGUAACUGUCCAAUCACAGUCUUGUGAUCCACUUACAGAACAGCUACGCAAGCUGGUCAGUCUAGAGGGUGAUGACAGUGACAGAAAUGGACCCCAGCCUCCUCAGUUGCGUCAGGAAGUAAAAAACCCACUGCCACAACCACAGGUAACAAGUGUAGCUUCUGUUGUUCCCAGGGAUAUAGAUGAUUCCCCUCCACUCCUUACCCGGCGCCUUUCUUCUCGGAGCCAAAGCCGAGUGCGUCACAUCAACAGCCGUGCUCGUGAAAGACUGCAAGAGGCUCUAAAGCCUCGGGCAGGUGUGGUGGUCAAUAGUACUGCCAGCAUUGGUGGGGUGGUAUUGAGGAAUAAACCAGCCUCACAACAUCCACCAGCAAAUAGACACUCGACUGGUUCUUACAUAGCAGGCUACCUUGGACAGUUGGAAGACAGGGGACUUCCUGAAGGAGCUUGUACAUCAUUGCAUUAUGGAAAUGGGGAUCAAUAUGGAGAUCACUUCUACACAGAUGACUCUCUUCCACCUGCUGACUCCAACCACUCUGCGUCAGAGCCUGAGGUGUACUUUCUGCUCAGACUGUAGCUCUGACCAUAGCCUAAAAUGAGAUUAAUGAUCAAGCUGUGAGUCUUGACAAUGUUCAAUUACACCAAAAGCCAGAAGAUCAACAAAAUAAAUACUAGCCAUUAUUUUUUCCCAUGUUCAAAGGCCACUAGGUUUCCAUCAUGACAAUUAAAUGAGUCUUAUUCUGGGCUAUUUCUAGAGAAAGAUUUAGUCUGUAGAAUGUAUGUGAAACAUCACCUGUAAUCCAUAGCUGGAUCUGACAGCAUGACUUUCUUGUAUGAGAUGUCCACUAUUCAAGUGAAUGGUCUUUCUAGUCUGGCAGUGUAUUGUCUGUAUUCUGCUUAAUGUGUAAAUGUACAUGGGAACUUUGUUUUCCUCCAAAUGGCUUCCUAGAGUGAUUGUACAGAUACGUGUUACCUUUGUCCCUGUGAUGUACUUUCCAAAUUGCAAACAUUGAAUAUGAAGCAAAAAAAAGAAGAAUUGGGUCUUAGGCAAAGAGGGAAUGUCUUUCUUUGUAUCAUUUGAAUGUGUAGUAUAAUCAUACAACUACGUUAAAUAGAUGGGGUUAAUCUUUUCAAAGAUGAAAUGUAAGUCUUCCUUCUCUUUUCAGUGGCAUUUCUUAAUGUGUGAUGUGUGUAAAUAUUCCUGUCAUUGUUUUAAAUCUGAGAUGGGUUUUAAUUGAGAACCAAUUCUAACAGUACAUUUUUGUUUGUGCAUGUUACCUGUGAACAUGUCAAGCAUGACUAUGCACCAAUUCAUACAAUAGAUGUUGCAUCGCCUAACAACAUUUGCACAGAACAAAUAGCUGCAUUGGAUACAACAGAGAAUGUAGGCUUGUUUGUAUUAGGUGCAAUACAGUACAUUAACUUCCUAGCUUGGACUUGUUGCUCUCUAUGAUUUGUAGAAUUUGAAAACAUGAUUGCAAGUUUGAAAGAUUUGGAGUUUAAAGGUUUUUAUUUUUAUAAUUGCUUUGAUACAGAGUGCAAAAAUAAUUAUCUUGUCUUGUUGGAUACGGUUGUUUUAUUUUGUAUAACUUAAUGGAUUGAAAAAAACAGAGUGACAACUACACAGGGCCAGGCUGAGGAGGGGAGGGUGGCAAAGCAGCAGUUUGUUUUUUAUUUUUACAGUGUUACGCCAUCCUAUUUUCUUUGUAUUGUUGCUCAUCGGCGAACUCUGAGCA